AUGCGACCUCCUGUGCCGCCUCGCCUCCUCAUCGGCGCAUCGCCGCCACAUCGCCGCCACCUCGCACUAAUUCGCUCCUCCCCUUCCCCCCAGGUUGCUCCUCCCCUUCCCCCCAGGUCGCUCCUCCCCUCCCCCUCAGGUCGCUCCUCCCCCUUCCCCCCAGGUCGCACUUCCCCUUUCCCCCAGGUCGCACUUCCCCUUCCCCCCAGGUCGCUCCUCCACUUCCCCCCAGGUCGCUCCUCCCCUCCCCCUCAGGUCGCUCCUCCCCCUUCUCCCCAGGUCGCACUUCCCCUUUCCCCCAGGUCGCACUUCCCCUUCCCCCCAGGUCGCUCCUCCCCUUCCCCCAGGUCGCUCCUCCCCUCCCCCUCAGGUCGCUCCUCCCCCUUCCCCCCAGGUCGCACUUCCCCUUUCCCCCACAUCUCACUUCCCCUUCCCCCCAGUUCGCUCCUCCCCUUCCCCCCAGGUCGCUCCUCCCCUUCUCCCCAGGUCGCACUUCCCCUUUCCCCCACAUCUCACUUCCCCUUCCCCCUAGGUCGCUCCUCCCCUUCCCCUCCAAUCCCUUCUAUUCCUUUCGCUUCCCUUCCCUCCCCUUCCCUUCCCUUCCCUUCCCUUUUUGACGUCCUCCCUUCACUUCCCUUCCCCUCUCCUCCCUUCCCUUUCCUUCCAUUUCCUUCCCUUCCUUUUUCCACCCUGCACUUUUACCUUCCUACCCCUCCUAUUCCCCACGAUCUACCUGCCCCAGUUCUCACCUCCAUGCGUCUGCAUGCUGAUUCCGCUCUCUCUGUUCACUUCCUCGCUUGGUCCCCGCCUGUCCUGCUCUACCCUGCCACGUCUACAUUGCCUUCCUUAGCCUUCCCCUCCCUCUCCCUGCUUUCCUUCCAAGAGAUUCAUCACCUAAUUCCCUUCCUUCCAGUGUGA